CAUGUAAUGUUUUAAAGUAACAAUCUUUCACUUCAAUGACGAGGCCGAGUUAGAAGAUUGGUCGGUUGACCCUGAAGCUGUCGAAGAACGGCAGAAGGAACUGGCUGCCGGAAUGGCUUCACUAACGUUGAAUACAGAUUUGGAAAAAUCUGUUGAAGAGCGCCUGGAUAUGUUUUACAAUUUCAUAUUGGCUGAAAAGUCCGAAAGUAGCACAUUAGAUAGCAAAGUUCUCGUUGCUGAGGCCGAAAGAUUGGAUGUGAAAGAUAAAGCCGUCCUGCUGCUGUGUAGAGUUUUAUUCGACAAAAAUAUGCUACAGGAAAUCAAGCCGAACCGAGUGUUGCUGUUGCGCUUUGUCUACCGUAAUCACAAAGCGCAGCGCUAUCUUCUUGGCGGAAUCGAACAGCUGAUAUGUUCUAAUAAGGAGGCGUUGCUUGACAAGGUUCCUCAUUUACUAAAAUGCUUUUACGACGAGGACAUUUUGGAGGAAGAGGUGCUUCUGGAAUGGGGCGCAAAGUCAUCUAAGAAGUACGUGAGUAAAGAUGAUAACAAGUUGAUUCGAAGCCGAGCUGAACCGUUCCUUACUUGGCUUAAGGAGGCUGAAGAAGAAAGUGAAAAUUGCAUUUACCUCCGUAAUGCACCGGUCUUUUAUCCUAAUUGCCCACUUGUAAGGUAG